AUGAUCCAUUCUGAAACUGUACCUGUUACAGUUGUUGAGGCUGAAGAGACUCAUAGGAAGGGUGUCACUAGCUCUGCUAAUAUAGGUUCAUUUGAAGAACACUCUACUGGUUUUGGUUCAAAAAUGAUGGCUAAGAUGGGAUAUAUGGAGGGAGGAGGAUUGGAGAAAAAUGGUCAAGGUAUGGCACAACCUGUUGAGGUUAUUCAAAGGCCUAGAUCACUUGGUUUGGGUGUAAAAUUCUCCAAUAACCCAGGUGAGUCAGUUGGGAACAUAUCUUUAGGAGUUGGUGCUGAAUCUCUUGGUUUGGGUGUAGGAUUGUCCAACAGCUUAUGUGAACCAGCUAGGAACAAACCUUCAAGAGUUGGUGCUUUUGAAAAACAUACCAAAGGUUUUGGGUCUAAGAUGAUGCCAAAGAUGGGGUUUGUUGAAGGUAAGGGAUUAGGUAGAGAAUCACAAGGCAUCACUACUCCAUUAACUGCUCUUAGAUUACCAAAAUCACAAGGAUUAGGUGCCAAAAGUUGAUUUAGACAUAAUUUUUUUUUUCUGUGUUUGCAUCUAAUUGUAUUGUGUGAUGGCUUAAACAUUAUGAUUCUGCCUUGUAAUUUAGAUUUACUAUGGGAUGAGAAUCACUUGAUCAUA